GGGGGACCUGCUGUUUCCUUUUCUGAAUCCCAAGUCCCCUGUCCUCAAACCCUGCGCCUAAAGGAACCCAAGCUACCUCUCCUUUCAAACUCAAGUUCCCUUCCUGGGCACCCCCAAACUCUGAGCCCUAGUGGGGUGCUCCAAACACUUCCUUCAGGAAGACCAGUUUCCCUUUUUUUAUCUUUCCAGGGACCCCAGCAACCCCCCCCGAGCUUCGGCUGGGCGCUCAUUCUUCCUCCUGGGAACACAGGUUCUCUGGGCCUCAGGGGGACCUUGCUUUUUCUCUGGGCCCCAUUUUCUUUGCUAAGUUCUUGAGGGCACCUCAGGGCUUCUGAACCUCAGGCACCCCCAGCUCAGGGAUCCAGUUUUUUCUUUUCUAAAUCCCAGAGGCCACCUCAACUUUCCCAACUGAGGUUGCAGGGUGGACCCGGUCGCACCUUGCUCUUUAAUAGUCCUCAGGGACUCAGCCCCUCCAGCCGCCCAGGACUCCUGCUCCGCUCUGCUUCCUCUGAGUUGUUCAGCCCAGCCGGCAGGCCGCGAGGAUGAUGAUGUGGUCCAACUUCUUCAUGCAAGAGGAGAAUCGGCGGCGGGGGGCCGCUGGCCGCCGGCGGGCUCGCGGGCAGAAGGCGUCGGAGCUGACGCCCGAGCGCGAGGGGAAGAUCAAGCUGGCGCUGCUGCUGGCCACCGUGGGCGCCACGCUGGCGGUGCUGUCCGUGGGCACCGAGUUCUGGGUGGAGCUCAACACCUACAAGGCCAACGGCAGCGCCGUCUGCGACGCCGCCCACCUGGGGCUGUGGAAGGUGUGCACCAAACGACUGUGGCAGGCUGAUGUGCCCGCGGGCAGAGAGACCUGCGGCCCCGCGGAGCUGCCCGGAGAAGCAAACUGCACCUAUUUUAAAUUCUUCACCACAGGAGAGAAUGCACACAUCUUCCAGAGAACCACAAAGAAAGAAGUGAAUCUGGCAGCUGCCGUGAUAGCAGUGCUUGGCCUGACAGUCAUGGCCUUAGGAUGCCUCUGUAUCCUCAUGGUGCUCAGCAAAGGUGCAGAGUUCCUGCUCCGAGUUGGAGCUGUCUGCUUUGGCCUCUCAGGCCUGCUGCUCCUGGUAAGCCUGGAGGUGUUCCGGCAUUCCGUGCGUGCCCUGCUGCAGAGGGUCAACCCUGAGCCUCCUCCGGUGCCGCCCCUGGCCUAUGAAUACUCCUGGUCUCUGGGCUGCGGUGUGGGGGCCAGCCUGCUCCUGCUCCUGGGGGGUGGCUGCUUUCUGGGGCUCACCCUGUCUUCUUGGCCCUGGGAAUCCCUCUGUCCCAAGAGGGGUCACCAAGCCACCUAGAGCAACCAGUGAACUUUCUCUAAGCAGCUGCCAAGCCCUUUUACUCUCUCCAAAAUAUCCUCCAAAUCUCUCUCCAUCCCCUAGAGAAACUGUUCUCCCUGCCUUUUGCACCCACAUCCUUUCCUUCUGUAAAUAUGGUUUUCUAGGUGGCUGUAUCUGAGCUGCCUGGGGGCUGGUGGGGGUGGGGGGGCCUGAGAAGAGGCUUUUUGCAAACGAGGGUCCCCAGGGAAGGCUGGUGGGACCUGAUGAGUAAGUAGGUUGUAGGGAUGUGGCCAGGGAGGUCUCCAUUUUCUGGGUAUGGAUUGACUCACUCUGGAGCUCCGGUUGGGUUGGGGGAAGUGGGGCAGAAUCUCAGGGUCUGACCUGGCUGUGAUCUG